AUGAAGAAGGAAAAAAACCUUCUUUGCUGCCAGUCUGAUGAAAAAUCACGAAAAAUCCAUCAGCUGGAAGAAGCACUAAAAAUAGCCCAGCACCUUCUAAAGGAGACCCAGAAGAGCGCUGAAGAGAUGAAAAGUCAGAGUUUGUUUCAGAAAAGAGAAUUGGAAGCACAAGAAGCCGAGCUUCAGCAUCUAAAAAUCAACAAUAAAUUGCUCCAGGAUUCAAUCCAGGAGCUACAACGUGAAAAUGGAGCCCUUAAGAAUAAGAACAAGGCUUUAGAAGAAGAAAAAUUGGACAAUCUGAAGUCAAGAAUUCAACUGAAGAAGCAAAAUGGAUUUGCUUGCAGUGAGACGAAGACGUGGAGGAAAUCCUAUCAUUGCAUUCUAAACUCAUCUUUCCAGAGUCUCCUUAAAGUUAUUUGUACAGGUAAUGACUCUUUCCUUUGGUCAGGUGCUGAUGAGGUUGCCAUCUCCCUACAUGAGAAUGAGCCAGAGUAUGAACUAGACAGACUCCCAGAGGUGGUGAAAAAAGGGUUUCCUGCUAUUCCUGUUGUGAAAACCGACCCUUACAUUUUGUGCAGAACAACUUUUAACCUAAGGACCAGUCCCCGUCUUGCUGCCCAAAGCCAAAAAUUGUCACCCUGUUCCCAACUUUUACGAAAAGGCAGGUCAGAUAAUCUUGGGGAGAUCUGUAAACCGACAGCUGGUGGCAGCAAAUCACAAAAGGUAGAUGAUACUCAACAGUGCCAAGCAGAAACAGCUAUUGAACCCAUGGAAUCUAGUUCAAGAUCUCUUUGCAUAAAUGAGCAACCCACAAAAACUGUUGCUCAGACCUCUAGGGAGAAUAUUAACACUCACAAAGGCAGAUGUUCCUUGAGCACACAAACAUCACCUGAGCAAAAUGAAGAAGGCCAAAACUGCAUAAUACUGUAAAACUGAGUAGUAUAAGGCCCCUACCGUCAAUAAAACCCUAACCCUGCCUCUUGACCCCUUUACCCUGCCCCUUG